GUGUUUGGUUUCAGUAUCAGUCAGUCUGUACUUGACAAGUGCAGUAAAUUUACUCUGUGUUACUUAAGUAUCAAAAUGAGCGCAAGUGGAAAAGUUUCAGCAGUUUUAAGAAUAUGUUUCAUGACAUUUUGUAUUAAUAAGGUAAUAUAAAAUAAAUAAAUGGUAGUAAAUAAAGGGAUUUUUAAGUUUAUAAUUAAGUUCAAAUUGAAGUUGGUAAUAUGAAAUCUGUGGCUGUUCUCUGUAGAGGUUUUUAAGUGUUUCACUGUUUCAGUUGGCUACUGUGUUAUCUGACAGUCGAGCAGAGUUAUGCAGAAUGACAGGUGCAGUAGUUGUUUCAGUAGUGUCAAGUACUGGAACCAUGCAUCCUGUUGUCUCAGGAUUUAAGAAGAGAGCAGCACUGUAUGUCAGUUCUCUCGAUCAGGAGGAGUCUCCAUCUGUUCCAUAUGAAGAUGCCUUGCAAGAACAUGAAGAGGUGAAGAUCAAUGCAUUGAGUUGUGAUUCACUGAAUGAGCAGCUGACAAGCUGCAGGCAACGAGCUACAAAGCUGGAGCAGGAUAAGGAGCACUGGCGACUGGAGUAUCAACUACUGCAGCUUCUUCAUUGCAAAAAAGUGAAGGAUUUGGAAGGACAGAUACAGUCACUCAGUGGAAGCACCACGCCUCAUAGUGACGAUUCACAAGCCGAUAAACCACCACCUAUGGAUCCUGCAACUGUAACCAACCUUCUCGGUCGGCUGGAGACUCCACUUGGGUUCGCGGCCGAAGCAGAGGCUCGUGAACUGGAAGUGAAGAAUUACUUGACAGGUCGCAUUAACCAGUUGGUGGCAGCAUGUCAGAGUGCUGAAACCAGAGGUGGUACUCUUGCUGCAGAGUGCCAGGCAUUACAAAAUCGACUGGAAUUAUGCCUUCAAAAUAAAUUACAGGCAGAAACUAGUCUACAGCAAAUGCAAGAUCUUGGUACAAAGUUGCAGGAAGACCUGCAAAUUACCACACAAAACUAUGAGAUGCAGCUGAGUAUAAUGUCAGAGCAUCUAGCCAACAUGAAUGAUAAGCUGACGGUUCAGCGGGAUGAAAUUGAUCAACUGAAAUACCAGCUGACUAAUAAAUCUAGUCGGAAGGGUAGACAGAAAUAGAGAAGUUGAAGACAAACCAAAAGGAGUGUAUGUGACAUGCCCGUGAGAACAACUCAGGUAAAACAGUGGCUGCAGACAUUCCAAGAGUGGUGAAUGUGUGUCUUGAAUGUAAGUCUUGCUCUUGUAGAACGUGCGUUUACAUUACCAGCGAGAACUGUAAUAAUACAGAAAACUGACAUUGGCCCAUAUUGAACAGUUGUAAAUAAUUUAUCCAACAAUUCUAAAAAAAAAAUUUGGUCAUUUAAUCACAUACAACUUUCUGUAGCAUGAGCGUAGUUUAGGAUUGGUUUGAACAGCAUUUGAAAAAAUUUGAAGAGGCCUACAAAUUGAUAAAAGCUUUGAAAAGGUAGCAACUUAUUGUAAAUAGAAAAGCACAAAAGUGUUGUAAAACGAAAUCAUGCUGUUAUGCUGAAGUAUCCGUUAAAUGAACCAAGAAGACAAAUUAAGACAUACAAAAUACUUCAAAGAAUAAAAAGCCAGGUAUAUAUACAGCACUGUGAUAUAUUUAACCUUCCUUAUGAACAUGUUCAUUUUAAAUUCGUAGUAUCCACCUUAGAAUGCAAUGCAUUUAUGAUGUAAUGUUCAAAACUGUUCUUUGUUAAUCUCUUUAAUUUCACCUCGCAGCCUUAAUGUCCAUCUCAUUCAGUAGGAAAUGUCUGCUUCUGAGCUAGUUCUUCGUUUCUGGAAAAUAUAAAUGUUCUCUCUUCUCCAUUCAAUAAAAGCUCUGUUUGCUUGAA